UCGAGAAAAGGAAAGAAGGAAAGCAAUUAUUUUUCCAAUUAGCAAAAGGGAAAGGGGAAAGGUGGAAAUGUCUGUUCUGGUGAUUCGAGAACUGUUGUCUGUACGCAUAAACGCUGUCAAUGCUCUUCUUUAAUUUGACAUUAGCCCCUGAGAUUCUGCAUUAAAGCCCGUUUAUAGUGGAAGGGAGGUGCAAUUAACCAACAAAUUUAGGAUUUCCAUUGUCCUGUUCGUCUGUCUUUAAGCCGGGGUUUGAUGUGAUUCCUGAUUUUGACGAAUUUUUACAAAAUUCAGGGGUUCCCACGGUCCUGUUCGUCCGUCUUUAAGCUGGGUUUUGUUCGGAUUUCAAUCUUGGUUUCUCCGAACUGAUUCUUUUAUCGUAUCUGUGUUAAAGUUCGGAUUUUUUUUUCUUUCUUUUUUUUGGGGGGAUGCUGAAGACAAUUUGGUGAAUUGGGUUCCUGAUAGCAGCAAGAUACAGCUCAAAAGCUUCAAUUGAAUCGUCAAGUUACGAAGUGGGGUUCGUGUUUUAGCCCCGCGGGAGGUUCGAUUCUUCUCGCUUUCUGGGUUCUCUGUCCAGGAAUCAAUGGGGAAGCCCUCUGGGAAGAAGAAGCAGCAGGUGGUAGCUCAGAAGCCCGGCGACCCCACCGGUAAGGCUAGCAAGCCCUCGAAGGCCGCCUUCGAUGAGGACACAGCCGUCUUCAUCUCCAUGUCCCAGGAGCUCAAGGAAGAAGGUAAUAAGCUCUUCCAAAAGCAUGACCAUGAGGGCGCCAUGUUGAAGUACGAAAAGGCCCUUAAGCUUUUGCCCAGGAAUCACAUCGAUGUUGCUUACUUGAGAAGCAACAUGGCCGCUUGCUAUAUGCAGCUGGGUCUCGGGGAGUACCCCCGGGCGAUCAACCAGUGCAAUUUAGCCCUCGAGGUUUCACCGAAAUAUAGCAAGGCUUUGCUGAAGAGAGCCAAGUGUUACGAGGCUCUGAAUAGGUUGGAUUUGGCCUUGAGGGAUGUUAACAAUGUGCUCAGCAUGGAGCCCAACAAUCUGACCGCUUUAGAGAUUGCGGGCUCGGUGAAGAGGACUAUGAGCGAAAGGGGUAUCGUCAUCGAGGACAAAGAGGUCGUCUUGGAGAGUGUGGAAACUCCGCCUGUGCGGAAAUUGGCGAAGGAGAAGUCGAAAAAGAAGAGGAGCGGCGGAAAGGGUGAGGAGAAGAAAGCCGAGGACAAGGCGGUCCUGGAGGAGGAGAUGAAUGCAGUAAAAGUUAAGGAAGUCAUCUUAAAGACUGUUGAGGAAGAGGAGGAGAUAACCAAGUCGGUUAAGGAGGAGCAUGUGGUUGUUACAAGGACGGCGAAGCUGGUCUUGGGAGAGGACAUAAGAUGGGCCCAGCUGCCUGUAAAUUGCAGCAUAAGGUUGGUGCGAGAAAUUGUGGUGGACAGGUUUCCAAACUUGAAGGGUGUGCUUGUUAAGUACAAGGAUCAGGAGGGCGAUUUGAUAACUAUUACCACUACCAAUGAGCUUAGAAUGGCUGAAGCCAUGAGUGAUCAUAAUGGGUCCCUUAGGUUGUAUAUUGCAGAGGUUAUGCCCGAGCAGGAACCUUCUUAUGAGGGAUUGGAGGGCGAGGAAGAACUUUACAGAAAAUAUGGGGCUGAUGCUGUCGAGAAUGGAGAUGUGGAGGAGGAGAAAGAUGGAAAGAAUGACGAAAAGGGCAAGGCCGAGGGCUCUACUUGUAUAGAGGACUGGAUUCUGCAGUUUGCGCGUUUGUUCAAGAACCAUGUUGGGUUCGAUUCCGACUCAUACUUGGAUCUUCACGAGAUAGGGAUGAAACUUUACUCCGAGGCAAUGGAGGAUACUGUUACUACUGAGGAUGCUCAGCAACUCUUUGAUAUUGCUUCCGAGAAGUUCCAGGAGAUGGCCGCUCUGGCUCUAUUCAACUGGGGAAAUGUCCACUUGUCCCGAGCCAGGAAGCUGGUCUUUUUCUCAGAAGAUAUUUCCAGGGAAGCUGUCCUGGCAAAGAUUCAUGCGGCAUAUGAGUGGGCCCUGAAAGAAUAUGUGAAGGCAGGCUCAAGGUAUGAGGAGGCUUUGAGAAUUAAGCCUGACUUCUAUGAAGGCCUGCUAGCUCUCGGACAGCAGCAGUUCGAGCAGGCAAAGUUGUGCUGGUACUACGCGAUCGGGACCAAGGUUGAGCUCAAUGAUGGCCCUGCUUUGGAGGAUGGUCCUGCCUCAGAGGUCCUGAUGCUGUAUAACAAGGCCGAGGAUAGCAUGGAGAAAGGGAUGCAGAUGUGGGAGGAGAUGGAGGAGAGGCGCUUGAAUGGGCUCUCAAAAUCAGAGAAGUAUAAGGCCCAGCUGGAGAAGAUGGGAUUGGAUGGGCUUUUGAAGGAGAUCUCUGCAGACGAAGCCUCAGAGCAGGCCUCAAACAUGAGCUCUCAGAUAUACCUUUUGUGGGGCACUUUGCUUUAUGAGAGAUCAGUUGUAGAGUAUAGAUUGGAGCUCCCAACUUGGGAGGAGUGCUUAGAGGUUGCAGUUGAGAAGUUCGAACUUGCCGGAGCAUCUCAGACUGAUAUUGCUGUCAUGAUCAAGAAUCAUUGCUCCAAUGAAACUGCUAUAGGAGGAUUCAAAAUCGAUGAGAUUGUUCAUGCUUGGAACGAGAUGUAUGAUGCCAGGAGAUGGCAAAUCGGUGUUCCAUCUUUUAGGCUCGAACCAUUGUUCCGCAGGCAGGUGCCGAAGCUUCAUUCAGUGCUGGAGCACAUAUGAAGGUGUUUGAUGGUCAUCUCAUUAGAAGCAUGCAGGUCUUUCCUCUAUGUACGAGGGUUCGUUUUCCAGAAUUCGCGUUGGGAAGCAGUCUUAAGAUAGGUGAUUGAUUUUCUGCAUUUUGGUUUUGCUCGCUUGUUGUUUGCUUGGGGAGCAAAGAAUGGGCAGUUCUUCCAGUGUCAGUUGUGGAGUGGCGCCGAAUUUUUUGACGUGGCUGCAAAGAUGGCCGGGUAAAUUAAUUUUUUGUUUUCAUAUUUUUGGAAUUAGUUCAUACAUACAUGAAGCAAAAUUCAUUGGGUGAAUUGGAGUUUCACAGUUUGUGAUGGUCAUAGGGUAUAUGAUUGGAUUUGAUUUGUUUGUUGAAGAACAAUAAUGCCUAAGCAUUUUGUAUGUCACAAAUUUUUCAAUACAGGCAUUGUGAUUUUCUCCAUA